AUGGGUUAUGUAAAUGUAAAAGAGUUGUGGUAUUCAUUGGGUUGUGGUCCUGUGUUAGAAGAUUGUUUGGAACCUUUAUCUGAUGACAAAGGUGCUUGUCAUGUGGUCAAUAUUGCUAUGUUGAAUGGUGAAGCUCACCUUUAUGCUAUACACAUGGUGUGUGAGCCUGAGUAUGUUUUGGAGUUGGAGGCAGUGGGUACUGUAGAGCCUCAAGGUGUGGUAGAAGUACAAACAGAGACAGCAAAUGAUGGUGUGGAGGCACAUGUUCAGGCUGAUGUAGAGGGGCAGGUAGAAGUAGAGGGUGAGGUAGAGGGACAUGAGGAUGCUGAAGAGGAUGGUGUUGUGGAAAGUGAUAACACAGAUGAUGAUAGGGAUGGGUAUGGGGAUUUUGGUGUUUUCUCAAUGCCCAAAAGUAUGGAACAGUAUAAAUGGGAAGUGGGGACGUACUUCCUCGAAAAAAAAGAUUUUAUAGAAGCUAUAAAGACGUAUGGAGUAGAGAAUGGUAGGAAAUUGAAAGUUUAUAAAAAUGACAAGAGAAGAGUCCGUGUCAAAUGUUCUGGGGCAAAAGGGAAAUGUCCAUGGAAUGCAUAUUGUGCAUAUAAGACAGUUGAAAAGACGUGGCAGCUAAGGAAAAUUGUAGACAAGCACACAUGUAGUAGAGAAUUUAACAUUCGUUUAAUGACAUCAAAAUGGUUGAGUGGGAGGUUAGAGAAGACGAUAAAAGAGAAUCCCAAUAUUAAUCUGUAUAACAUUCAUAACAAAGUUUCUAAGAAGUGGAACAUUGGUGUGUCUCCAUCUACAACAUGUAGGGCAAAAACAAUUGCUAUUAAACAAAUAGAAGGUGAUUUUAAAGAACAGUAUAAAAGAGUGUAUGACUAUGCCAAUGAGUUGCUUCGGUCAAAUCCUGGUUCAACUGUCAAAGUUCAUGUUGAACCUAAUGAGGAAACUCGAAUAUUCAAGAGACUAUACGUGUGUUUGAAGGCCUGUAAGGACAACUUCGUGUCAUGUAGGCCUAUUAUAGGUUUGGAUGGUUCUUUCUUAAAAGGAAAAUAUGGAGGUGAGUUGUUAACUGCAGUUGCAAGAGAUGGGAAUGACCAAAUGUGUCCAUUGGCAUAUGCUGUUGUGGAGGUGGAGAAUGAGGACAAUUGGGGAUGGUUUUUAGAAUUGCUCAUUGAUGAUCUUGGUGGUGUGGAGCUUUCUUCAAAAAUUACAUAUGUUUCAGAUCAACAAAAAGGACUUUUACCAGCAUUACAAGAACUUCUCCCUGGUGUGGAACAAAGGUUUAGUGUGCGCCACAUUUAUGCCAAUUUAAGGAAGAGGUUUCCUGGGCAAAUUCUAAAACGUCUAUUAUGGAAGGCAGCAACAUCAACACACCCUCAAGCAUGGGAGGCAACGAUGAGAGAAAUUAAAGAUGUGAAUCCAGAUGCCUUUAAAUACUUGGUAACCAUUCCACCGAGAUUUUGGUCACGGUCAAGGUUUACAGGGCAAGCUAUUUGUGACACCUUAGUGAAUAAUAUGUCUGAAGCCUUUAACAGUGUAAUAUUACAUGCAAGAGGUAAGCCCAUCAUCACAAUGAUGGAAGAAAUUCGUUUGUAUCUCAUGAAGAGGUGGGCAACAAAUAGACAAAAAAUAACUACAUCUGAAUCUUCUCUUUGCCCAAAGAUUAAAAACAGAUUUGAAAAGGAAUUGCAGUUGACUAAAUAUUGGAUACCAAGUUGGUCAGGACUGAGAAUCUUUGAGGUGAGACACACUUCAAUGAUUAGUGAGAAGUAUGUGGUUGACAUAGAUAAAUUUGAAUGUAGUUGUAGAAAGUGGACAUUAACAGGCAUCCCAUGUUGUCAUGCACUAGCUGCCAUGACCUUUUUGAACAUCAAUGGACAAGACCACGUCCCACAUUGGUUUACAAAGUCAACAUACCAAGAAACAUACACUCCAAUCAUAUACCCAGUGAACGAUCCUGAAAUAUGGGAAAUAACAUCUCAUCCUGAUGUUUUGCCUCCACCUAAAAGGAACAAGGUUGCUGUGUUUUCAAAGUCUGAUCUAUCUGCACAUAUAGGUGUCUUCUACAAGAUCAGGAAGAAGAACAAUGGUGUUCUUGACUUUAAGGGUGACUCAAAAGGGACAGACUGUAGGAGAGGGGAUUCUUGCUGCUAG